GCGGUUUUCUUGAACGAUACAGGACUGUAUGUACUUAGAAGUGUUUCCCCAACUUGCUCUAGCCUGAUUGCUACCGAUGAUAUUUGGAUCCAGUCGCAUCCAUUAUAUUGAUAGAUCCGUAUAUUGUCGCAUAACAUUUUUAAACUGUCUUAGAUUGAGAAACGCUGAUUCGGCUAAUAGGUUAGGCAACAAUGGUUUGACAGGUGUCACCUGGAAGCUAACCUAGAAAUCGGUUUGUUGUUGUCGCUGUGGGAUUUUAAAAUUAGGAUGGAAAACAGAAUGGAAAGCGAGGCUUUGAUCCCACAGGAGAUGGUGUGCGGACUCUGCGGAGAGAAACACGCGUACACCGAAUGUGGCACGAUUACAGUGAGCACCCACAUCAAAGAUAAGAAGGUGCCUUCCAGGGCUCAACUAUCACUGCCAGAUGGGCUGCAGGUGGUGAAGAUGGCAGAUGGAAGCUGCUCUGUGCAGUCCCUGAUGGUUAUACAAAAGGGCACAAAAUUUGGUCCAUUCGAGGCUAAACAAAUCUUCACCAUCCAUCCAGCUGUAUCAUUCCCAUUAAAGAUAUUCAAUAGCAAAGAUGAAUAUUUCAAAGAGUAUUACUUGGACAAUUCCAAUGAGGCUGACUGCAAUUGGAUGUAUUUUGUGCAGACUGCUAGUGUGUUGGAGGAGCAGAACUUGGUGUGCUUUGAGCACUGCUCAGAGAUUUACUUUCUAGUUAUAAGAAAUAUUGACAUAAAUGACUAUUUGAAAGUAUGGUACUCAGACUAUUAUGGCAAAUUAAUGAAUGCCAAGACAUUGGAGAGUGAAGUGGUUAAUAUUACCCGUGAUUUUGAUGUUAAUAGUCUAGUCAUGAAGAAUCAGGAUAUAACGGAGAGGGCGGCGUGGACUUGCAAGUUCUGCGGAAAACCGGAGGAGACGAUAACAUCUUUCGCGAAGCAUAUACGCGAGCAUUACAUCAUGCAGCUGAGGAAGGUGUGCGAGCUGUGCAAGCAGUCCUUCCAAACACGUAAGAGUUUGAAGAAACACAUGUUCUUCGUUCAUUCGAACGUGACCUACGCUACUCACAUUGAUUUGGAGAAGGGCCGCAUCAAUAAUAAUAAGAAGACAGCGGACACCGCUGGAAUCGGAGGACCUCUACUCAACGAGAUCGACUCAAUGGAGAAUAGUAACGUCUUACUGGAUCACGUACUGCCGCCGUUCGAGAUGGUUCCCAGCAAUUUGGAAAUCGACUCACUAAAUCUGGGCGUCGAUAAUAUUCUGCAGGUGCACGAAACGUUCGACUUUCCUUUGCCAGAUAACCUCGCACCGGCGGAGAGAUUCUGCUGCGAUAUAUGCCCGAAGAGCUUUAGCAAAUUGCGACUCCUUAUCGUCCACAUGGCGGCUCACACGGGCGAUUUUGUCUGUGGACAUUGCAAAACGGUUUUUACAAGAAAUGAGAACUUUCUGUCGCACAACUGCAACAAAAAGCUGGACAUAAAAUGCGACCUGUGCGAUCAGCGCUUUACACUGAAGAAGUACUUGACGCGACACAUCAGCUUGAAGCACAAGCAGCAGUUUAUCUGCCACGGCGAUUGCAAGAAGGUGUUUCCCUCGCAGAAGACGUUGGAUGCGCACGCCUGUUCCCCAGAGAAGGUAACAUUCCCAUGCACGAUGUGCACUAAGGAGUUCUACUGCAGCAAGAACCUGAACCGCCAUCUCCGGGUGCACUAUGCGAAAGCCAUCCGUGAGAAACAGCAGGAAUCGAACAUGUGCGAUAUCUGUUCGAAGCAGUUCGCCACCAAGAAGCACCUCACGCAACACAUGACCUCUCAUAGCGACUCGCAUUUCGUGUGUCAGGUCUGUUGCAAAAAGUUCACCAGGAAAGACGUUUAUUUGGAUCACAUACGCAUCCACAAGGGUAUCGGAGAGUACGAGUGUCCGCAGUGUCGAAAGAAGUUCUCGGUGAAGAAGUAUUUGACAAAACACAUGCUUAUCCACAACGCCGAGUACAAGCACAGGUGCUCGGUAUGCGGACAAAAGUUCCGGCAACGGUCCAAUCUGACCACGCACUACGGUAGGGUGCACAGCAAGAGGUGCAUGCACUGCGAUGAGAGUUUCAAGACUGUGGAGGAGAUGAAGGAGCACGCGGCUAUCCAUUUCGAGAAGUGCUUUCAGUGUCCGCUCUGCGAUCACAUAGUGAAGCUGAAGAGUUCGUUGGCUCGUCAUCUGAAGAGGAAGCAUUCGCAGGAGAGCUGCGAUCUAGCCAACGUGAAAACAAUCGAUAGGCGGAUAGAAGCCAUCAACGAGGAAGAGGAGGAGGAGGAAGAGGAUAACGAGGACGACAAUCACUGUGAUAUUGCUGAUCUGCUAAGCCUGAGAGAGGGUUCAAAGGACGAUGACGACGUACUGCACGACAUCGACAGCAAUUUAGAGCGGUACAUCGGGGACGGGUACGAUACCAAUCUUAUUCCAGGUGGCCCAAAGAAUCUCGAUGGCGUAUUGGACUUUAACAGUCUCGAGAUGGAAUUCGAGAAGAACAUACGGAGCAACGCCACCCUCUCGAUGCCGGAGCUGGACAGCCUAGAACAAAAUUUAUUAGGUGAUAAUGCAUACUUGGGUUCGAAUGAUGCUAUCGACCAGAGCAAAAUGCUUCUCUACAUAUUAGAUCAUAAGGACCAAAGCAAAUAAAUCUGCAAUUUCAUGUGA